AUCUUUUUGUUCAAAGAUUAUAUCCCACUAAUAUCUAGUAGAUUUCUUCGGAUUUAUCAACUUCUUUUUUUUUUUUUUUUUAAUAUCUAGUAGAUUUCUUCAGAUUUAUCAACUUCUUUUUUUAAAAAAAAAAAAAAAAAAUUGGUUUAGGAGGUUUGAAAAAUGGGGGAAGUAACAGCAAAAGAAGCAAAGAGGAAGGUAAUGGUAGCCAUUGAUGAAAGUGAUUACAGUCACUAUGCUCUCAUGUGGGUUCUUAAGAACCUCAAAGAAUCCAUAACCAACUCUCCCCUUAUCAUCUUCAUGGCUCAGUCUCCUCCCAAAAACAAUCCUACUUUCGCUGCUUCUCUCGGAUGUGCUCGAAUGUAUUGCCCUAUUUCAUCCACUCCAGAAUUUGUUAGCUCUGUCCAAGAGAAUCAUAAGAAGCUCACCAUGGCUUUCUUGGAGAAGGCGAGGGAUAUAUGUGCCACUCAUGGGGUAAGUGCAGAAACACUCACAGAGGUAGGGGAUCCUAGAGCAGCCAUAUGCGAUGCAGUUCAAAAACACAAUAUAGAUUUACUUGUUUUGGGUGAGCAUGGAAUUGGAAAACUUCAAAGGGCUAUACUUGGAAGUGUAAGCAACUACUGUGUUCAGAAUGCCAAGUGCCCUGUCCUCGUUGUGAAGAAACCAAAGUGAGGAAUAGUAUGCAGUGCAAUAAAGAGAAUAAUGGAAAUAAAAGCUAGUUGCUAUAUUGUAGCUGAAACUAACAAGAAAUCCAUUUUUUAUUAAGAAUAUAGGUUAAGGCUACUUUUCACUUGUCUGAAACAAUAGCGCUUAAUAUAUGGUAAUUUAAAUUAAAAGAGUGAUUUUUUGAGCCUUAAGUACAUUA